AUGGCGUGCUCAGCGUUCACAUCAAAUCAGCCCAUGACCAAGCGGACACAACGUGGCCCACAAUAUGUUGACGACCUUUUACGAUGUGUUUACAUUCUGUUCCCAUUCUUGAACCAUAUCAUCCCCCCAAAGCCUACAGAACCUCACGUUAAACAGUGUAUCCUUUGGAUAGCCGAACUUUCCCGCAACCUUCUCAGCGAAUGUUUCGUCAUUCCAUUGUUGAAUUGUUUCGCCUUGCAUAUCGGUGGUCGUCACAACUUCGGGCGCGCUUUGACCUCAGUAGUUGUCCUGUACUUGUUUUUGUUUAUUAUGAUUCUCUACUACUGUCUCAUACCACGCCGACUUUUUGUCAUGAAACUAUGUUCCCGAAUGGUUGUUUCCGAAUGUGACGCACAAUUCGAAGCUGUUUGGUUCAUCAUUCAUCUAAUUUGCAGUCAUUGGUUCUUGAUCUUGGUGUUUUUUCACUAUUUUUAUGCCAUCUUGCUACACGCUGGCACAGUUCCCAAUGUUCUGUACCCGGAAAUGUCCCCACGCUUCAGCAUAUGCGCUCGAUGUGACUACCCCAGACCCCCACGCGCGCAUCACUGUAAUGUGUGUGGCCAAUGUGUGUUGAAGAUGGAUCACCACUGUCCAUGGAUUGCCAACUGCGUUGGCUUGAAAACACACAGACAUUUUUAUCUGGCACUGGUGUACAUGAGUCUGGGCGGUGUGUAUAUGCUCACGGUUGGUCGCAAUGAUUUCUCUGCUCAUAUACGUGAAAUUGGGCAGUCCAUUCUCACAAAAGCGCAUAACCGCAGCUCGAGUGAACAAGCUACUGUUUGGCAACAUUCGAGUCAAUUCUAUGCGAUUCGCUUCAUACACGCCCUUUCCGCUAUAUAUUUCCGAAUCGGUCUAAUCGCUAUUCCCCUGGUGUUUGCUCUGUGCUGUUGGCAAACGUAUCUCAUCACACGCGGUGAAACCAACGUGGAGUAUCACACCAAUCAGCGAUUCACACGGAAACUACAGAGACGGGGCCUUAUCUAUCGUAAUCCCUAUGAUUUUGGGCCGUUCGUCAAUUGGGCAAACUUCCUUGGCCUUUAUAAUCCAACUGAGUUCGCACUUGGCGAAUUCCGGUUCAAACGGAGCACACUUGUUUGGCGCGUCAUCACUCGUGUUCUUCUUCCGUCGCCGACGGUCUUGUGCGAAGACGGACUGAAGUACAGAGUUAACACUCCGACCGUAGAAUCUACUUUAGCGGCGUUGAAAUUCCAGGAGGAAAUAAGUUGAAUCGUCCUCUCGCAGUGGUGCAUGUUACAAGCUUCAUUUCGGUGGGUGUUCUCUUCCCAAACGACCACCGCAUAAUAGCGAUACGGCUGGCUCUACAUUAUUUCAAGUCUGAAUAGCCAGUCGCUCCGUCGGUUGUCUCAUUAUUUUUGCUCUAUGUUUCAUCACCUGCAUUUAUAUUUUUGACACUUUUCCAACUUUACUGUUUACUAAAACAUUGUGGUGUACCAUCAUUAUCAUGAGCAGCAUUAAACACCUUGGUCGGAGGUGGAAAACAUCCCAGCUAUUGUGCCGCGUACCAUGGG